UUCUUUCUUCAAUCAUCUUCCCUUUUCACCUCAUUAUCCGAAACUUGCAAAGUUUCACAUCCCAGACAACAUGGAGGGAAGGUUCAUGUUUCUGUCGGUGCUCUUAUGUGCCACCUUUCAUGUCUCCUUCUCCUUCACAGACGGACUAGUGGCAAAUGGGAAUUUUGAGUUGGGGCCAAAGCCAUCAGACCUGAAAGGCACGGUGGUGGUUGGUGGAAGCCACGCCAUACCAGAAUGGGUGAUUUCUGGUUAUGUUGAGUAUAUAAAAUCUGGGCAAAAACAAGGUGACAUGUUGCUGGUGGUGCCAGAGGGUGCUUAUGCAGUGAGGCUUGGGAAUGAGGCUUCCAUUAAGCAAAAGAUAAAGGUGAUUAAGGGAAUGUACUAUUCCAUCACGUUCAUGGUGGCACGCACAUGUGCACAAGAAGAGAGACUCAAUAUAUCUGUGGCUCCUGACUGGGGUGUCAUUCCCAUACAAACACUGUACACAAGCAGUGGUUGGGAUCCCAUUGCUUAUGGCUUCAAAGCUAUGAGUGAUGUUGUGGAUAUGCUAAUACAUAACCCUGGAAAGGAGGAGGAUCCAGCUUGUGGCCCUCUCAUUGAUUCCAUUGCUCUCAGAACUCUCUACCCUCCCAAACCCACUAACAAAAACCUAUUGAAGAAUGGUGGUUUUGAAGAGGGACCCUAUGUGUUCCCCAACUCAUCAUGGGGUGUGAUUAUCCCACCCAACAUUGAGGAUGACCACUCUCCCCUACCAGGAUGGAUGGUAGAGUCCCUUAAGGCAGUGAAGUACAUAGACUCAGCCCAUUUCUCAGUCCCUGAAGGCAAAAGAGCUGUGGAGUUACUAGCAGGAAAAGAAAGUGCCAUUGCACAAGUAGCAAGAACAAUUCCUGGCAAAACUUAUGUGCUCUCAUUUUCAGUUGGGGAUGCUAGCAAUUCAUGUGAAGGGUCUAUGAUUGUGGAAGCAUAUGCAGGCAAAGACACUAUAAAAGUGCCUUAUGAGUCCAAAGGCAAAGGUGGGUUUAAGCGUGCGGCACUCAAGUUUGUUGCUACCACCCCAAGAACACGCAUCAUGUUCCUUAGUACCUUCUACACCAUGAGAAGUGAUGAUUUCUCUUCACUCUGUGGACCUGUCAUUGAUGAUGUCAAGUUACUAAGCCUACGUAAACCAUAAGGGGAUUGGGUCUGUUAGAGGCUAAUGAAUCAAAAUAUUUAUAUAUGGGUUCUAAGCCUUUGAUUUUAUAUAGUUAUUAGGAUAAUAAUUAAGAAUGUUUUUUCUCUUUUUUUUUAAGAGACGCGAGAGGUAAUGAGUAUGAUUUUCAUUUUAUUAUGAAAAUAAGUGUGUAUAACAACUAUCUAUAGACGUAUAGUAUACAGUGGCGUGUUUCUAUAAAUCCUUUCAUGUAU